AUGUCUAUCUGGGACUCCCUCGGCGGUCGCAAGCAAAAGCAAGGAGAUGUCUUCGAUCCUACGGCCUCUCAAGACGCUACAUCUUUCCUCUCCGAGGUCGCCCUUUCUGAUCCCUCUCGCCUUCAUCCUCUCGCCGGUCUGAACCAGGACACCCUCGACUACCUCACUCUCGAAGACUCCGCCCUCGAUCAACUCCCCGGUUCCCGAUCAGUGUUGCCCUCGCGUGGAUGGUCAGACGACCUUUGUUAUGGUGCCGGCACCACUUAUCUCGUCGCACUCACACUCGGAGGCGCGUGGGGACUUGCAGAAGGAUUGAAUAAGACACCAACUACGGCCGCGCCCAAGAUCCGUCUCAAUGGUGUACUCAACUCGAUUACCCGUCGCGGUCCGUUCCUCGGAAACUCGGCUGGUGUCGUGGCUAUGGUUUACAAUGGUUUCAACUCUGGUAUCGGAUAUGUGCGAGGCAAGCAUGACGCAUCUAAUAGCAUCGCGGCCGGAGCAUUGAGUGGUAUGCUCUUCAAGAGCACACGUGGACUUAAGCCCAUGAUGAUCUCUGGCGGCAUUGUGGCUUCCAUUGCCGGUGGUUGGGCUGUUACACGAAAGGCCUUCUUCUAG